GAUCUCUACCUUCGCCUCGAUCCAAAUCGAGCAGAGCUUGUGAGGGAGAGAGAUAGAGAAGUCGUAAUGGCGAUCCGUAGAAGACCGCCUCUCGUCGCCGCCGCCUUCGCAGUGGCGCUCGCUGUCGCAUCUAUCGUCUCCGCCGAGGUCUACUUCGAGGAGCGUUUCGGAGAUGGAUGGGAGAAUCGGUGGGUCAAAUCGGACUGGAAAAAGGAUGAAAACAUGGCUGGAGAUUGGAACUAUACAUCUGGAAAAUGGUCUGGAGAUCCAGAGGAUAAUGGAAUCCAAACCGCGGAAGAUUAUAGAUUCUAUGCCAUUUCGGCACAGUUCCCUGAAUUCAGCAACAAGGACAAGACAUUAGUUUUGCAGUACUCUGUUAAACAUGAGCAGAAACUUGAUUGUGGGGGUGGCUACAUCAAGUUACUCAGUGGUGAAGUUGAGCAGAAAAAAUUUGGUGGAGAUACUCCCUAUAGCAUUAUGUUUGGCCCUGAUAUUUGUGGGUACAGCACAAAAAAAGUCCACGCUAUCUUCUCACACAAUGAAAAGAACCAUUUGAUUAAGAAAGAAGUAACAUGCGAGAGUGAUCAGCUAACUCAUGUUUACACCUUCAUUGUCCGACCUGAUGCUACAUACAGCAUCCUCAUUGAUAACAAUGAGAAACAAACUGGUAGUUUGUAUACUGACUGGGAUAUCCUUCCUCCAAAGCAAAUCAAGGAUCCUGAUGCAAAGAAGCCAGAAGAUUGGGAUGACAAGGAGAACAUCCCAGACCCUGAGGACAAAAAACCAGAGGGCUAUGAUGACAUUCCUAAAGAGAUUCCUGAUACUGAUGCUAAGAAGCCUGAAGAUUGGGAUGAUGAAGAAGAUGGUGAAUGGACGGCCCCAACUAUUCCAAAUCCUGAAUAUAAGGGUCCCUGGAAGCAAAAGAAAAUUAAGAACCCUAAUUACCAGGGAAAAUGGAAGGCUCCAUUGAUUGACAAUCCUGAUUUCAAGGACGAUCCAUACAUCUAUGCUUACUCCAACUUGAGAUAUGUAGCCUUUGAGUUGUGGCAGGUCAAAGCUGGGUCUAUCUUCGAUAACAUCUUGGUCAGUGACGAUCCCGAGUACGCAAAGAAAUUUGCAGAAGAAACAUGGGGCAAGCUUAAGGACGCUGAAAAGGCAGCAUUUGACGAGGCUGAAAAAAAGAAGGCUGAAGAGGAAAGCAAGGAUGAUGACAUUUCCGACGCAGAGGACGAGGACGAGGCUGACGAUUCCGCAGAUGAAGCUGAUUCCAAGGCGGAUUCAGAUAUAGAGGACGAGGCUGCUCAUGAUGAGCUUUAGAUGGAUGAGAUCAAUUUUUUGGGUGAAGUAGAUUGGAGAUUUGAUUUGGAGUAGUUCUUGACAACAAGUCUUUAGAGACCAAAAUUUGACCAUGGAAUGUAGUUUUUUUUUUUUAAUUUGCUUAUUUUGUUACUCAAGAUGUUUUUAAUCCAUGGAAUUUCUUGUUUGAUUGGAGCACUUAA